AUGCUCCCGAAUGAAUGCGGAAAGUGGUGGCGGGGCCCUGGUGCUCAGCCGACCUUGGUGGUCUCGGCGUCUGCACAGACAAAGCGCGCCAAGAACCUUCUGUGUAUUGUUGUAUUGUUCUGCGCAGUCAAUCCACCUGCAAGCGGUUACCGUGCAGACUGCGUGGUCAAUGGAGCCAAUAACCUUUUGGGAGCGUACCAGCAGGUUUACAGAGAUGGGUCUGUUGUUUGCAGAGCAGGCCACAGUAAUGUACCACAGGGCACGCCGUACUGCACGACUAUUAUAGGACUAGUACACUGGUGGCAUAAGAUUGACAAAUGUGUUCCAACAUUCCAUUGGUUACGAGAAUCCGUGUACGCCAUUGACAGGACAGGACAUGUAUCCGUAGCGACCAUCAGAUCUGAUUGUCAGAAGCGAAAUGGAACACUGCCAUACUCAACCCUGGACCUACCGUUGAACGGGAGUGACUUGGCGUGGGGACCAAAUUGGGCAGUAUUUGGGGACAUCUCUAUCUUCUAUGUAGAUUAUGGAGUAAUCAGUUCGCGAUCCUACGCUGACAAUGUCUACCCCGCUAAUUUGAUGUUCUUGUGCAUAAUUGAAUGCAGAGUUGAUGAAGCGCAGCUCAAUCUACUCGGAUACCGAUCCAUUAGCAAGGAUCUGCAUGUUACAUGUGAGACAGGCUAUCAACUUCACACCCUCAAGGAAGAAGUGGCCUGCGGGCCGGAUGGCAUCUGGAAGAAUUUACCACGUUGCAUAAGGAACAUCAUAUAGGAGACAACGGACCUCUUCUUCUGCAAUGUGGAUGGAUACUCCCAAUAGAAAUGAGUAUGCCCGGUGUGGAUGAGCAUUCCCAAUGCAGAUGACUAUUCCAGAAUGAAUGCUCUCUUUCUUGUUCAUUGUAUGCCUUGCAAUCAUCGCUUAACUUUUCACUCAUGCAUGUAGACAUAAUUAUAAGGAUAUGUUUACAUCGAUAUUGA